AUGGAUCUUUUAAAAUACUCUGUGAGUUAUCGUGAUUUGUCCUGCGCUUUAUCUCAAAAUGAUGUUGACAGUGUGAAUGGCUGGUUAUCCGACAAUAUUAUCCAGUUCUUUGGCGAAUUACUAGAAAAAAAUUUCAAAAUGACGAAUUCUACAUCGAAUAUCCAUUUUCUUCACCCGAUUGCCUCCAAUUAUCUUCGUAUUGAUUCCAAAGCUGUUCUCGAUUACUUUACGUUUGCUGAAAAUGAUUGGAUAUUGUGUCCAAUUCACGACUCUAAUGAUUAUCAUCCACAAGGAAGUCAUUGGUCUCUUUUAGUGAUAUCGGUGGAUCUGAAAAUAUCAUUUUAUCUUGAUUCAAGGCUCCCUACUCAAAUCAUGAACUUCAUUUCCGAUAGCGGGUUACAUCCGUCUUUGAAGUGGAGUCAAGAUGAUAGUAAAGUGUACAUUGCUGUCAGACUAUCCGAUGUUGAGAAUCCCACUUUACAAAUUGGCAACAAAUCAAUCAGUUUUCGAACCACUGGGGUGGGAGCCAGUGGUCUAGGGGAGUACUCCUUCUCAUUGGACCUCUUCAGUUCUGUUGACGGUGAGCGCGAACGCCAAAUGAGACGUGCUGAAGAAAUGGCACGUGAGCAAUAUGAGGAAUUCUUCAAAUUUUUGACGAAUCCCCUGGUUCUUUACCUUCUUGUUUACAACAUAUUCCAAUGGGCUGGGUUCAUAUACGUUUUUGGCAUCCUGGUUCGUGGUUGGUGGGUCGAAGGAGAUGACGUUAAAUCAAAGGCUUUUGAUUUGGUUGCGGAUCGACUCAUUAUUUUGCAGUUAGCAGCCUUUCUUGAAAUCGCUCAUGUUCUACUGAAGUGGGUGAAAGGUAAGGUCCUACCAACAAUCAUACAGGCAAGCAAACUCAUCAUUUUGUCCAUGCCAAUGCUGCAGGAAUCCCGAAGAUUCAGCAUUGAAAUGCCAAAUAUCGCCAACUUUGCCUUCGAUUUUCCCACUUUCCUCCAUGUCUACAUCCUCCUUAUGCUUCCUGCGUUCUUCAUCCAAAUGCAGAGAAUGUACCAACAACGACGAAGGAAAUAUAUGCCUGGGUUAGCGGCAAAAUUAGCUCGUAGACGUCGGGCCCUGGAACAAACAAAGAGACAGGCUCUGCAUUAA